UACGUUUUCCUGUUUCUGAUUCCACCAAUCAGCUUCCUCGCGGGCCUCGUUCAAAACACAGAGGAGUUCUCGGUUGAAGAGCUUCGGAGGCGUUACUACGGCCACCUGGAAAAGAAAAGGGACAAAACUGUCUCAAAGGCGGCAUCCAGUCCAGCCACGAUGGCAGAAGGAGGAGAUGUGGAGUGGGAGCUAAGCAAAGAAAACAUCCAGCCGCUGAGAAGAGGCAGAGCCAUAUCAGGCUUACAUCAGGCUCUCAGUCAACAGCAAGAGGGAGCCAUCUCUGUGAUCAAUCAACAGAGACAGGCCUUUGAGUCUGAGCUGCGCAUGUAUGACGGAGAUGAUCCCCUUGAUGUUUGGGAUCGGUAUAUUAAGUGGACAGAGCAAACCUUCCCUCAGGGAGGAAAGGAGAGCAACCUCUCCACACUGUUGGAACGAGCUGUGACCAGAUUUACAGAGGAAGAAAAAUAUCACAGUGACCCCCGCUAUGUUGACCUCUGGAUCAAAUUUGCAGAGAACUGCCCGGAGCCUUUGGACAUUUACAGGUACAUGCAGGCACAAGGGGUAGGAGUGACGCAGACAUCCUUCUACAUUGCUUGGUCUGAGAAGUAUGAGAAUCAGGGCAACUAUCGCAAAGCAGACCAGGUCUAUCAAGAGGGGUUCAGGAAGAAUGCUGAGCCACAUGAUAAGCUUCAGCAGUUUCAUAAAGCGCUGCAGGCACGUGUGACCCGGCAGGUGAUGAUGAAUGUGGAGGAGGAUAGUAGCGAUGAUGAGCCCACAGAACCUGAGAGAGUUUCUCUAGCUGACCUCAAACACCGAGGGAAGAAAAAGACUAUUGUCCCCGUCAACAGAACUGGGUCGGCGAUCAGGAGUAUUUCUGGUGGCCUGCAGUCACGUGGUGUCCCUGUCCUCGGCGGCGCUUCAAACAGUCUGUUGGUGAUUUUUGAUGAGAACAAAACUCAGAGCGCUGAUCCGUCAGAGCCUAAGUUGGAGUCUUGGAAGGCUCCUCCCACGUCUAAGGCAAAGGAGAAUGAGCACAGACCUGAAAAGUGGUGUGAUGUCAAGAUGCCCCAGAAGACAAAAUUUGGACAUACUGUUAUGGCUCCACCGCCUCCCAAGCCCACCUUCCAACCGUUUGUUGAGGAGUCAGACCAACCUCCAACAAUGACUCCAUGCAAGAUCAACCCGGCAGUGAACACGGUUUUGUCGGCGCGCAAGCCUGGCAGAGAGGAAACUCCUCUCAAGAGACUACAGGAUCAUCACCAGCAACACAAGGAAGCAGAAACAGGAAAACCACACGAGCAGAGCAUGUACUGUAAAGAGCUGCUUCUCAGCGGCGCCACCGAAUUCUGCUUUGAGGAACUGCGGGCUGAACGCUACUUCAAAAAACUGUCCCAAGAAUCGCAGGAAGUCAGAGGUCCAGUGGCUCAGGCUACUGCCUGAAAACUGAUCCAUCCAUCGUGAUCUGAUUGGGAUUUUAUCUCCAAAUAUCAUGCAAGAACUGUUGAUUUGUGGUUUGAAAGCUAGCUGUAAAUAUUGUGUUUAUAGAGUUCCAGUUACUCAGAGGCUUCUGUGGAAACCUUUUUUUAAGACAACUAUUUUAGAUGUGUUGAACGCGGAUUUAGUAAAACUACAGUGGGUGUAUCAAAUAAUAAUAGAAACACCUGUAUGAUGUUAUGUAAUCCAGCACACACUGCAACAGACUGAAAAGUUGAAUUUGGCAUGGGAGUAUCACAACUCGACCUAUGUAAAAAGAAGCAUUGGUAGAGAUAACUUCAUCUAAAUGUGUUGUCUUUGUGCCUGCACUAAACACUGCUUGAUACUGAAGGCCGACAUUUCUUCCUAAUUUCAUUCUUUGUCUAUUUAUCACUUUUUCUCGUUUGCGUUGUUCUUAAGAACAUAUUUUUAUGUGUCAGCACAUUUAUUUUUAUUUUUUCAACACAAUCCCAAGCAAAUGAGCUUCACUGAGGCGUUUCAACUGGGCUUUACAUCUCGCUGUGGGUUAAUGCCCCUUGCAGGCCACAUGUCAUUGAUGUUCAAUAAACCUGUUAAGACAUCUGA